AGCAACCAACCCAUAGGGAGGAAAAUUUUCAUUCAAGGAUUGUGUUCUCAGGUGACUGCAGCGAUUUUCGCGAUUUUCUUGUGACUUGUAACGUUUAAUCAUGAAUUUGUCCAAUAUGAGCCACAUACCAGAGCUGUUGUACUUGUUCACGUUCAUCUUAGGCAUAAACUUUUCAUCAGCUCUUCAGCUGGAAGGACUUUCUACUAAAAAGCCAAGAAUUACUAAAUAUACCAUGAAGCCAACUUCUGCAUCAGCUACAGCAACACCCUCUUCACUGUCAAUUUACCGACUAAACGGGACCAGUGGGGCGACAUGCAUUUUAAUACAAACGGAUGGUCUCCUUAGCAUUCAAUACCGAGACAAAUAUGGUGAAGACAAGGAAGCAGACACAUUUAUGCCAGACCAAAUGGAUAUUUCCGGUGAAUGUUGGGAAGAUGAAUCAAGGAUAACGCUGGGAUGGAAAGGAUUCGUUCUGAAUAUGUACUUCUCGAAGACUCCCGGAGGAGAGAGGUGGUAUGUUAACAACGUAGAACUAAUUUACUCAUCCAACAACAAUAUCUUCGAACAUAUUGAUCGUCCAGGAUUAGAUGUGAAGCUGUCUACUCCUCCAGGAACCUUACUCUUUCCAACGCCUGUCGGUAAAGCAUACACUUGUGAUCAAGAAGUAAUAAUCACAAUGUUUGCACAGGAUGAAAAUGACAAAUCAGGGCAUCUGGCAAAACUAUACUUGCGUGAGUUGAAGAUGCAAAGUUUCAUGUAUAAAUCAUCAAACUUGUGGGGACCAACAUUCCAAUGCAGCGCCACCGGCACGUACCGAGAUGAGACGGCUCCGAUUGCCGUAGGAUCUACACUUGCAGUUGCGACCGUGUGUACCGUAGUUGGAUACGGUCUUUGGAGAUACUUCAAGGUCAAGAAAUUCCAAUACGGAACCAUGGCUUAAGCUGCUGUCAAUUCAUAUUGAGCAUCUGUGAGAUGCUUGCAAUCGCGGCCAAAUUAUUCCUGAUCAUACUCAUUGAGAAAACAGAUGAAAAAAAAAAACAAUUCACUAGCAACAUAUCAAACUAGUGCAUACCGGAUCUGGAAAACUUUCGGCGCCCUUCGAGCAACAUUCAUGCAAGAUAUUCAAUUACCAUAUUAUAUCACACCGCAGCGUGUGAAACUUCGUUCGAUGCUGGACAACAAUUAAUGAGAUUAUCAGAUAUUUACUAGUUUGGAGCGUACAAUGCUAUAUCGAUAUUAUUAAACUAAUAAGACACAACCGUGCGAAAAGAUAAAGUCUUCCAUUUUCAUUUAAAUGAUGUUAUCUAGUAAGUGAUUAAGAAUAUACUGAAACUAGUGGAAAUAAGCUUUAGUGUAGUAUAUGUCAAAGUUCAAAUUCGUGUGCACAUAAAAUGUUUUGAAUCUUAAAUUCUAAGGAUCUAUUGUAAAUAGCUGCGGAAAUCAAUAACUUCGAACCACUAUGAAAUAGCAUCUCUAGAUACAAUCAUUCAUUCCGACGCAAGCUGCAAACAUCCUAGCACACACAAACACAAACUACAGCAAUUGUUUUAGAUUCUACCGAAGACAUCUACUAUUUCCAAUUUUAAGUGUGAUGUAUCGAAUAGCCAUGAUUCAAUAUUUAUAAUAAAGUUCAAUAAUGUUAGUUUACGUCGCGUAA